AUGGAGAUUGCGGUGGAGAGCAAAACGCCGAUUGCGAGAACGCGAUUUAAGGAUAAUCUUGUGUUUAAGACUAAUGAACCUGUAAUAAUUAACUCAACUUGUUCUCAAAUCACAAGAGCUUUGUAUCUUGAUCAUCAAGCCAUGGAAACUAGUGAGUCUUGCGUUAUCUGUCUCGACGAAGACAUUGAAUCCGAUCUCAUGUUUCUUGUUGGUAGUUGCGGUCAUCGGUUUUGCUUAAACUGUGUGAAACAACAUAUACAAGUGAAGCUUCUUGAUGUGGAAAGAUACCGACUUGUCUUGAGCAUUGGUGCAAGUCUCGGCUAUAGGAUUAAAGAAGAAUCGAUGCCUUUGAAUGAGAGAGUUUAUUGUCCAUACCAAAGUUGUUCUCACUUGAUGUCGAAAACCGAGCUUUUUUCGUUCCCCGGAUAUGGAUAUAGUAGGAGAUGCUUCCAAUGCGGUGGCUCCUUCUGCGUCUACUGCAAAGGACCAUGGCAUGGUUCGGUAUCGUGCGCCGAUUACAAGAGAUUGUAUACUAAUCCUCGAGAAAAUGAGGAAGCAAAGCUAAAAACUUUGGCAAAUCUUAAAGAGUGGCGACAAUGUCCCAAGUGCCAACACAUAACUUGCAGGUGUGGAAAUGGUUUUUGUUACCGUUGUGGUUGCGAAUGGAACAGCUUCACCGACCAUAGAGUUUGCAUUACUCGAUACUAUCAUGAACCUAUACCUAUUGUUUCAGUUUUCAACUCCUCUCCUCCAACUGAGUUGUAG